GACAAGUUGCUGGUAUGGUUUUGAGAUUAAAAAGUGUUUUGUUGUUAAAGUGUAUGAAGAGUGUGUACAGUGGGACUGACACGUGAGGUAAGCAACAGACUCAAAAGUAGUUUCGCGAAGUGCUAUUGCAACCUUCGAAGUGUGAAAGAAGAGUGAUAUAGGUAGGCUGUCAAUGUGCAUCGAUCGAUCCGAGCUGCCGCUGUCAGAGAGGAACACUCCCAGAAUUUUCUGAGGCGGCUUCAUUACGACGCAUUGUAGGGCAACAGAUUCGAAGCGUAUUCAUCAAGAAACUGCAGGAUUCCCUAACUCGAAGGAAUUACUGGUCGUCCAGUCAACGAAAAUAUUCGCAUGCCAGUGUGAAAGAAGUCAUAGCCUCCAGGAAUCGCAGCAGCGCCAGAUACGGCAUGCGGUGAAGAGGGCUUUACGCUGAUCCUCUAAAUCUUUACGGUGACGAGUAGUGCCCCUCAUUCUUGUACCUGCGAUUCAUGCAACAUGUAAUGUUGGCAUUACCAAUGCUGACCUGUACCGGCGGCCAGAUAUGAGCAGUGUGGCAGUGCACGACGGACUGGAGUGCGCGGUGGCCCCUGAUCAGAUUACAAAGCUAUUUCCAAAGUGUCGUCCACGUGAUAUCAACCUGAAUCCGGUUUCGACAGCAUCUGCAGGCUUCCAACAACAGGAUGACAGCAAUGAUAACAUGCUCUUGGUGAUGGACACAGCGGGGGCAGUUACUGACUCCCAUCAGGAAAGGUGUUCAGCAACUCUUCCUGAAGACAGUACUACAGGAAACGGUACUGUGGAUGGUGUGAAUGGGAUUUCGGUGCCUCUGCAUGUCGUCACAUCUGGCGGAUCAGCAGGUGGCUCGCGAGCUGGCUCUGCAUCUCCGUCGGGUGGUUCCCACUCUGGCUCGGUGUCCGGCUCACAUUCUGGCUCCGUGUCCAGGUCGGGUUCUGCUUCAGAGGAUGGUGAUGGUGAGGCUGACGGGCCUAUGACACCAGCAGCACCGAAUGCCAAUGGUACGGGGGCAUAUCGGCUCAGGGAUUCGAGAAUUAUCGAAAUAGCAGGUGGCCGGGAGGUCUUCUCCCACAGUAGGAGACGCCAGCGUGGCUCUGGUGGCGUCUGGGAGCUGAGACACCCUGUCAGGAAUGGCAGAAGUACAGUACCUAGUGUGGAUGGUGACGAUGGAGACAUGACAGAGACAGUGUUCUCAUCAGAAGUGCGGCGUGUUCGACACAGUCCAGCUGAAGUAGUGGUCUUCGAUGAUAUAGGUGAGAGCUGGCAAGAGCAAGUUGACAAUACGGGUCCAACACUGCACUACUUCCAGAGUCCGUCUCUGACGACAGGAGGGGAAGUAGAUAUUACAGAACGUGAUGGAGGAAACAGGAGUCCUGUAGGUGCAAGAGUGAUUGGUGGUCUGCCAAUUGCCCAGUACGAGGGUUCUCCUCGGCGUUACGGCCCCAGGCAGUCGUCCGUGUCUCGCCAUGGAACACAUUCAGUCAGCUUGCCGAGUGCACAGAGCUUGCUCAAUUCUCCCUCUGUGUAUCCACCUAGGCCUGGCUUCCCACAGAGGAUCCUCACAUCACAGCAGCAACAGGCAUCAUCCCAACAGCCGCAGCAGCAACAGUCACCACAACAGCCGCAGCAAGAUGAACAAGAGACAGAAACUGGCAGUAGUGGAGGAGAUGGUACAGGGACAGGAGCCUUCGACUACUUGUACGAGUUUUCUGAAACGCGGAAAGUACUGGAGGAGUUCUUUAAGUGUCCACCAGAAAAUUCUGUGAAUCACACACAACAGCAACAGCAGCAGCAGCAGGCUGCAUCAGACAGUUUCAGAGAGCUGGAGUACGAGUUGAGACGGCAGGCGGCAGGCAGCGCUUAUGUAGGGCAGAGAUUGGCCAAGGAGAGGCCCGACCAAGAGGACAGCCCACGCAGACCGAUGGGUGGCGGCAGUGGCGGUGGCCUCCUCGGCAGUCAGGCAGAUCUUUCUGCAGCGGGUUCGGGUUCAACUGAAGACCUCGGAGACACAGAGGUUGGACUGCAGGUUGGCCACAGCCGGAACUUCACUCUUUCUCCAGAGACUACAGAUUGUGAUUCGAACUGUGGUGAUCUCGACAGUGAACUAUCACUUACUCCAGCACCAGAAACCAUUGUAGGACAAGGAUUGGACAGCAGUGGAGAAGGACCAUGUUCCAGUAUCCCUCUUCCGAGGCCUGCAAUGCCUGUAUUAGAGGAUGGGCUGUCAUCUGGUCAUGCCUCUGACGCUGACAGCGGUACUGGUCCAGGUGGAAGGCAUGGGCCAUCGCCGUCACCAUCUGGAAGGUUGCUACCAGGUUCUGCUGUGGCUACUGCUGUUACCUCACCACAGAUGCAGGCUACACCUCCACCACCUGCACCUCAGCCACACCGCUCAAUUGCAGUUCCGGGGGACGUUACAUCUGCGUCAACGAGCACUGGCUCUGCAUCUGGUAGCUCUGGUGGGUCGGCCACUUCUGCAUCGUCAGUAGAAGCGGCAAUCAGGGAUAUCAGGCUCGCCUUGCAGCGCACUAAAACGUUGACACCACCUGAUCCUGUACCUGACGGACCCGAUAGAUCGCCUAGUCCUGUCUGGGUGCCACGGUCUCGGAAUGGCAAUGGCACAUCAGACCGCUUACGUGGAGCUGACGAGCCUGAUGGCGACGGGGCUGAGGAGGGAGAUGAAGAGGCUGACACAGAUUUGGAGACAGACAGGCUGUUGGGCCAACAGAGGACUGAUGAUCAUGGUUUUUUUGAUGAUGGAACAACAUGGCGGGGUGCAAAGUCUCGCACGGUGGGUGCGGGUAACAAAACGGCACCGAGCAGAACAACAGUGGCACCUCCGGUAGCGGCAGUGUCUCCACCAUCCCCGGGAGAGUCUUCCAGUUCCACAGUCACACCAGCAGGAGCUACUAGAGGAGACACACAGACUACCACUACGUCCAGAAGCAGAAAGGACAAAGAAUCCAGUAAGAAGAAGAGCCGUAACAAAGAAGCUAUGGUUCAUGAACCGGCAGUGCUUAUUGAGGGUGUCCUGUUCCGUGCCAACUAUCUUGGUUCUACACAACUUGUCUGUGAAGGGCAGCCAACAAAAACAACACGUAUGAACCAGGCUGAGGAAGCAGUUUCUCGCAUAAAGGAGCUGCAACAUCACCACCAGCACCGUCACCACACGGCAGGGUGCCGCGGCACGCCGACCCCCCCGCCUGGACCUCCAGAGUCAUCGCUGCCCCCUCCACCAGCUACGCCCCCCGAUCCUGGCCCUUGCAGCUCCGUCUUCAGGCUGCAGUUCCUGGGCUCCGUCGAGGUGCUCGAGGAAAGUGGGAGGAGACGCCGGCGACGCCUCAAGAAGCACAUGGUUGAGGAGGCCGUAACACGUAUUAAGGCUCCUGAGGGGGAGACUCAGCCCAGCACUGAAGUGGACUUGUUCAUCUCAACUGAGAAGAUAAUGGUGCUAAACACUGAUCUCAAGGAAAUCAUGAUGGACCAUGCACUGCGCACCAUAUCUUACAUAGCAGAUAUUGGCGAUUUGGUGGUGCUAAUGGCAAGACGACGCUUCGUGCCACACGAAGUGGAUGAACCACCGAAGAUAAAUCGAACUCCCAAAAUGAUUUGUCAUGUCUUUGAGAGUGAAGAGGCCCAGUUUAUUGCACAGUCAAUUGGACAAGCUUUUCAAGUGGCAUAUAUGGAGUUUCUUAAGGCAAAUGGCAUAGAAGAUCAUAGCUUUGUGAAAGAAAUGGAUUACCAGGAGGUGCUCAAUUCUCAGGAGAUAUUUGGUGAUGAGCUACAGAUGUUUGCCAAGAAAGAGAUGCAAAAAGAGGUGGUGGUACCUAAAGCAAAAGGUGAGAUAUUGGGGGUCGUGAUAGUGGAGUCAGGCUGGGGAUCAAUGCUCCCAACAGUUGUGAUUGCCAACCUUGCACCUGCGGGAGCUGCUGCGCGUUGUGGGCAACUCAAUAUUGGUGACCAGAUCAUCGCAAUCAAUGGUGUCAGUCUUGUUGGACUACCUCUUUCAACAUGCCAGACAUACAUAAAGAACACCAAGAAUCAGACUGUUGUGAAACUGACUGUAGUACCCUGUGCUCCUGUUGUUGAAGUCAAGAUAAAGCGGCCAGACACAAAAUACCAGCUUGGUUUCAGUGUGCAGAAUGGGGUGAUAUGCAGUCUUCUUCGUGGUGGCAUAGCAGAAAGAGGCGGUGUUCGUGUGGGGCACCGCAUUAUUGAAAUAAACAACCAGAGUGUGGUUGCAGUACCACAUGAAAAGAUUGUCAACCUGUUGGCAACGUCGGUUGGAGAGAUUCUCAUGAAGACUAUGCCAACGUCAAUGUUCCGUCUCCUGACUGGCCAGGAGACACCUGUAUAUAUUUGAAGGCUUUGAUGUAAGAUACAUUGUCAGUGCCUGAUAUUAAUCCAAAGGAUUGUGUUUUCUAGUCAGAUCCAUAGUUUGUAUGAUCAUCGUCUUUGACAGGAGUAUAUUUUAUUAAACCCAAUCCUAUAUAAUAAUUUUACAGACUGGAAAUUCUUGUCAGAUUUAUUGAACACACAAUGUUACAAUGUUAAAUAUAGUAUUCCCAUCAGUUUAGGACCUGUAUAACUACACUGCUCUGUUCAUUGUUUCUUCUUUUUGCUGUUCAGAGUCAUGCCUCAAAAGCCCUUUUUAUAAUUGCUUGAUGUGUAUUUGAAUGCUGUGCAGCAGAAUUUGUCUUGCUGUUAUUGUAUGUCUUUCCUACCCUGACUGGUAUGUGUAAGCAGCAGAAGUGCCUGUAUAUGAUUCAUCUGUCUGGACGACCACCAGUUCUGUGACGUAUAAACGUCACAUUCUAAUGUUUAUAAUGUACUCCUUGCAUUAUGAUGAAGCAGCAGCCUGUGGAAGAGGUGUACUUGAUAAAUGAUGGGGCCAUAAUUAUUGUGUGUGUGAGAUGUGUUAUUUCCUUUGGAAAGAAGGCUGAGUUACCUAUUAGAGAUGUCAGAUUCAGCAGGUUACAGAUUUUGCUAGGCUUUUUGCCUUAUUAUAUUUUCCUACUUUAGAUUGUGAUGAUACUAAACAGUCUAAAUUGUUUUCAUUCUCCAAUUUUAACAGCAAAUGUGACAACUAACUUUUAGGACAAAAAUAUUAGCAUUGAAAUAAAUUUUGGACUGAGUGCAAAACACUGACAAACUUACUAAUGUGGAAUGUAAUUGCAUGCAUGCACUGUUUGUUCGUAGAACUGGGAAAUGUGCUAUAAUUGUUAGUUCAUUUGUAAAUGUGGAGAACAUAUUGUCACUAUGCUGUGAUAGAUGCUUGGCAUCUUUGUCAUCCUUAUAUGAUGGCAGCUUGUCAGAAAAAAAUACAAUGUGAAUGGAACUUUACUGUUUAGUGAUAUGGCAAAAACUCUCACAUUGAUGUAUACAUCAAGGAAAUUAUUAAAGUGUAAAAUAUACUACCUAAAAAUUACUAAACUGAUUUCACCUAACAUAACUUUGUGACUUCCUCAACACGUACAGGUUCUGCUAAUUGUUACACAGUUUUUUUUGGAGCAUGUAAAAUGAAAUAAAAUUCAUGACACUUCUUUGUGUAUCAGUAUGUGCUGAUGUCUCAGAUUGAAUUGUGUGUCAUUCAUUGUGUUAGUAUUCGUUCAGCAAUAAAGAAAAGUCCCCACGUGUAACGCAUAAAUUAUUUUGAAU